GUGAUGAUAAUCUGUCGCCAUCGCUGGGUUUUGAGGAAAUUGGUGUGCUACAACCUUCAGGCGUGUAGAACUGCAGCUAUGGACCAGAAGCCACGUGUGUGGAUGAAAAAAGAGGAAACAGAUGAAGUACCAGCUGACUCAGGCUCCAUGUUUCCUGAAGACCCACUAAAGAAUGAAGAGCCUAGUGUUCCGGUAAAGCAAGAUUCAGAACUGAAACAUCAUGUGGAUGGCUCUGAUCUUAAUUUUGUCGAAUAUCCAUUGGGAAUCUCUUGGUCCACUGAUUUUAUCAAGGAGGACCCUGAACUAAAUGUGGAAGUCAGUGUAAGUGAGAAUAUUGUGGCAACCUCAACAAGGUAUGCAUCAAAUAGUUCAAGAUUGAUUCAAAGUACUGGUGGGAGCUGUGGCAUUUCGUUUGAAGAAACUGUUCAUCAUGGACUGGUCAAGAAUGAGCUGGAGAGAGGCAGAGAGAAGACAGAACAUGAGUGUGGUACUCAUACACAAGAAUUAACUAUGGACGAUGAUAGCUCACUUAGCACCACAUAUGAAUGUAGUAUGAGGCAAAAGGAAUUCAAUGUAUUUAGUUGUAAUUUCUGCCUACAGAGCUUUCCUUCAAAAUACAGACUCAUAAUGCAUGUGUUCAUGCACAUUGAUGGCGUGCAACCUCCUAUGUAUGUUUGCAAAUGGUGUGGUGAUGUAUUUCAGAGUAAUGUUAACUUGAAAAAACAUUUGAGAAUGGGAGAGAAUUGUCGAUUACUAACUGCUGGCAAUCAUGAGAGUGGCUGUAGUGGUGAACACUCAAACAGUGUCCUCUUAGGUAGUGAACCAGAAGAUUCUCCCACAGAACACACUGAGCAAUCUUCACAUAAGGAAUCUUUGAAGGCUACAAAAACGUUCUUAAAUGACACAUUUAACGCGCGCAUGACGCAUGAUUCGGUGAAACCGAGUGGUCAUAGAACUUUAUCUGCAGCUGGUGCCCACGCUUUUCUGCUUGCCGCAAACAGACCCCAUGAAUGUAAUAUUUGUGGCAAAUCGUUUGCUGUACGAGGUAAUCUCAAGAAUCAUAAAUUAAUUCACACAGCAGAGAAACCUUACAAAUGUGAUAUUUGUGGCAUUUCUUUUGCAAGGACAGGUUACCUCAAGCGACAUAUUUUGUUACACACUGGGGAGAGACCCCAUGAAUGUACAAUUUGUGGCAAAUCAUUUGCUAGGUCAUGUCUUCUCAAGCGACACACUAUGCUACACACUGGGGAGAGACCCCAUGAAUGUUCAAUUUGUGGCAAAUCAUUUUCUAGGUCAUGUCUUCUCAAGCGACACACUAUGUUACACACUGGGGAGAGACCCCAUGAAUGUUCUAUUUGUGGCAAAUUUUUUGCUAGUUCACAUUAUCUCCAGAAACAUUCACUAAUUCACACUGGAAAGAAACAUUACAAAUGUAAUAUUUGUGGCAAAUCGUUUUCUGCGGUGGGUAAGGUCAAGAGACACGCAUUAAUUCACACUGGAGAGAAACGAUACAAAUGCGAUAUUUGUGGCAAGUUUUUUGCUAGGUCAGGUUAUCUUAAGCAACACACAUUCAUACACACUGGGAAGAGACCUCACAAAUGUAAUAUUUGUGGCAAAUCUUUUGCUUGGUCAAUUUGUCUCAAGAGACAUGCAUUAAUUCACACUGGAAAGAAAUCUUACAGGUGUAAUAUUUGUGGGAAAUUUUUCGCUAUUUCAAGUUAUCUCCAGAAACAUUUAUUCAUUCACACAGGACAGAAACGUCACAAAUGUAAUACUUGUGGCAAAUCGUUUGCUGAGUUGGGAAAGCUCAAGAGACAUGCAUUACUUCACAUCAGAAAGAAGCCACAAUGAAGUAUAACCUCAAACUGAUAGUUUUCUCUGGUUGGUGCCCUGAAUGCCUAUAGAAUAAAGGAUAUUGCAGACACACAUUAAAUUUGUGAUGCCUGUAAAAUAACAUUAAAAUGUGCUAGCACUGUGAAAGUUAUGCAACAAUGUCUACUAUACAGGGGUCACAGAUAGUGUGACAAUAAAAAAUCCUUAACAUGAAAUGUGAUGAAUUUGGAGUACCAAACUGUAGACAGAAAUGCCAUUUAUGCUGCUGUUUUUCCUAUUGGAUAAAUCCUUAAGCUAUGUCAGUAAUUAUAAGCACCACAAAGUAUUCACUGUAACCCAAAGGAAUUGUGAUGCAUUUCCUUGUUGA